GGAGUAUAAAACGGGCGAGCACACUCCGUUUGAGCACCAAUCCAUUCGGAUAACCUCCAACUGCAGUUCUGCCAUCAAUCAGCUCCCUUGAGGCAUAACUACCAGUAUCAUGACUCUUGAGGAAGUUCUCAUCCAGAAGCCCAGCGAGAGAGCUCAGUGCACUGGAAAAGCCCUCGAAGAAGUUUUGGUUUCUGCCAAAGCUACCGAAUGCCUCACCACUGGGGUUUAUGAGUCUGCCAAAGUUAUGAAUGUUGACCCAGACAGUGUGUCUUUCUGCGUUCUGGCGAUGGAUGAGGAAUUUGAAUGUGACAUCGCUCUCCAAAUUCACUUCACUCUUAUCCAAGCCUUCUGUUUUGACAACGAUAUCAGCAUCGUCAGAGUGAAUGACAUGCAGCGUCUCUCUGAAAUUGUCGGCGACAAGUCAGGACAACAUGAGGAUGCUCACUGCGUGCUCAUCACGAACCCAGCUGAUGGUUCGUGUGAGGAUCCAGCUCUGGAAAAGCUCCACCUGUUCUGUGAGGAAAGUCGCAGCUAUAACGAGUGGGUUCCUGAGAUCACUCUCCCCGAGCGUUGAUCUGGAACUUUACUCUUCUCUGUUGAGAUGCUGUAAACCUUGAGGAAUACUCGACUCAUCCUUUGAAUCAAGGAUGAUGAUGAUUCCACAUCCCUGGAUGCUCCUGAGGAGGCUGAUCAGUCCAGGCAGCGCGAGGCAGGCCCGAGUGGCCCUCGCGACUCUACGUCGUUUCUCGUCCCGUCCAUGCCAAGAUGUUCCUCAUUCUUUAUGUGAAUGAGGUCAGGCAUGCCACAAGAACGACACAAUGGCCCUCAUUCUUUGUGCGGAUGAGGUUUGGAGAGGAAGGAGAAGCGAGUUUUGCCUCUGUUUCCACAGAGCAAAUAUCGCAGGCGUUGGACACGCAGGGGACGCGGCGGUGCGUCGAAGCAACGUUUUUAAAAAUGGACUUUAACAACCAUGGACAUUUUUGAAAAUGAAAUUGCUGCACAAUAUAACGUACCUUAUUGUCGGCAAUGUGCUUUCCACUUUCCAGAAUUGUCUUAUUCUCUAAAGGUUUCACUUUAGAAAAAUUAAUAUUAAAUAAAAUAAAAAAAAAAACUUGUCAUUGUAUAAAUGACUCAGUGCAUUAAAAAAAUAAUAAAUGUAUUAAAAUA